AUGGUUGUUGCAGAAACGAACCCGAAGGACGAUGAGUGCAAGGGUCUAUUGACUUCGAUAAGUUGCACUCCUGCAAGCCCACCACCACCACCACCACCACCCCCACCCCCAUCAUCGGACGAUGUGAAGCUGGAGCUGGGAUAUUAUUCAUAUGAGGACGAAAAGAGGCCUGGGGCGUUGUCUGAAGAGCCGGAAAAGCAGAUAGGAAGUGUUGGACUUCUUGUAUGGAUGACAAUUAAUAUUGUCGCGACUGUUGCUAUUGUCUUCACUAACAAAUCCAUCCUCUCCAAUGCAUCUUUCCGCAACUCACAAGUAUCCUUCGCCGCCUACCAUUUCACCAUCACCGGACUCACACUAUGGCUAGCAUCGCGGCCAUUCUGCGGCUGGUUCGAACCCAAGCACGUAUCACCCUAUCGAAUCCUCCACCUUGUUGCGGCUAUGUGCAUCCAGGUCAUCUUUCAGAACCUGGCUUUGGCUUAUUCGUCGGUUAUCUUUCACCAGCUGGCGCGGCUGCUCCUUACACCUGCUACGGCGUUGUUAAAUUUUGUGCUGUUCCAGUCCAGCAUCCCCAGAUCAGCGUUCCUUCCCCUGGCCCUACUCUGCACGGGAGUUGGCAUUGUCUCGUACUUUGAUUCACUACCGUCCGCGAAAGGCAACGAUACUACGACACCAGAGGGUAUUUUUUUCGCUUUGUCGGGUGUGUGCGCUAGUGCACUGUACACGGUCUUGGUGGGCCGGUAUCAUAAGAAGCUGGAGAUGAGUAGUAUGCAGCUUCUACUCAAUCAGGCCCCUGUCAGCGCGGCUGUCCUGCUGUGUGUUGUUCCGUGGAUGGAGACGUUUCCGGAGGUUGCGACUGUUCCUGGGUCGUUGUGGACUUCGAUACUUGCGAGUGGAAUAUUCGCUUGUCUGGUGAACCUGUCUCAAUUCUAUAUAAUUGAUGCUGCUGGGCCGGUUACAAGCACGGUGAUCGGACAGCUCAAGACGUGCAUCAUUGUAGGGUUGGGAUGGGUGCUGAGUGAUCAUGAGAUUCUGCGGCAGAGUGUCGCGGGUAUUCUGAUGGCUUUGACGGGAAUGAGCUUGUAUAUGAGAAUAAUUUUGAGGCAUCAAACAUGA